GCCUGCGCCCGCGGCCGCGGCGCUCCACGUGGGCCCCGUGGCAUCAUGGCGGGAGCCGAGGCGCCCCCGCCGCAGAAGCGCUAUUACCGGCAGCGCGCGCACUCCAACCCCAUGGCGGACCACACGCUGUGCUACCCGGUGAAGCCAGAGGAGAUGGACUGGUCUGAGCUUUACCCAGAGUUCUUUGCUCCGCUAACUCAAAAUAAGAGCCACGAUGACCCAAAGGAUAAGAAAGAGGAGCAGUCCCGGGCCCAAGUGGAGUUUGCAGACAUCGGCUGUGGCUAUGGUGGUUUGUUAGUGGCACUGUCACCACUCUUCCCAGACACCCUGAUCCUGGGUCUGGAGAUCCGGGUGAAGGUGUCGGACUACGUGCAAGACAGGAUUCGGGCUCUCCGGGCGACCCCCGGAGGCGGGUUCCAGAACAUUGCCUGUCUGCGCAGUAACGCCAUGAAGCACCUUCCCAACUUCUUCCGCAAGGGCCAGCUGAAGAAGAUGUUCUUCCUCUUCCCCGACCCGCAUUUUAAGCGAACGAAGCAUAAAUGGCGAAUCAUCAGCACCACGCUGCUGGCGGAAUAUGCCUACGUGCUGCGAGUUGGGGGCCUGGUGUACACUGUCACUGACGUGCUGGAACUGCACCAGUGGAUGUGUGCCCAUUUUGAAGAGCACCCACUGUUUGAGCGUGUGUCUCUGGAAGAGCUAAGUGAAGAUCCCAUCGUGGAACAUCUAGGCACGUCAACUGAGGAAGGAAAGAAAGUUCUACGCAAUGGAGGGAAGAAUUUCCCAGCCGUCUUCCGAAGAAUACAGGACCCCAUCCUCCAGGUGGUGACCCCCAACCCCAAGCUGCCUGACCACUGACUUCUUACCCUGCCUUAGCUCGACUCGCUCUACUAGUGACUGGAAGAGAGAUCAGCUCCCCGUUCCAGGCCUUCCGAGACUGGGGGGGCAGAGGCCACGAUCUCCGAGACGUGCGGCCUGCGGUCUCCGUCGCUGACCACUGCUCUCUCGCCCCUCCGCCGUCAGAAGAAAGCACAAGAGGCUGGCUGGGGAGGCCAGAGGACCUUGGACCAGAGGGUGUAUUUGGAGGGUGUGGGGAUUUGCUCUCCCUCAGCGCUCCUCCCCUUGUGGGGUUCUCCUCAGCCGGAGGGAAGAGUGCAGCGACCCUCUGUCUAAGCUGUGGGUCGGCUCGGCCCCCACCCCCACCCCGUUGUGUUUACUUUGCAGUCCUGGGGAUCAUGUGUGUGCCCGUGGGCCCACGCUGCUGUCCCGGGAAGGCGGGGGUGGAUCACGUGCCUCCUCCGUCUUCUCCCUGUGUGAGAUCUGACCUGGACUGUCCCGUGCUGCCACCAUUGUCCCUGCAGUGCUGAGGGCACGAGGGCAGACACCCUUGCUUUACCGUGUUGACCUUUGACUCCAGACUCUCCAGGCUGGCUGACUGGCAUCGUGCCUGAUGGGGGGGGGGCAGAGGAGCAGGGAGCUAAACUGCAAUGUUGUUUUUAAUUCUUUUUAUUCUAUGAGUAUUUGCCUCUGUAUGGGUGUGUGCUCCACACUCGUGCCUGAGCCCUUGGAGGCCCGGAAAGGGAAGUGGUUCCCUGGAACUGGAGUCACAGACGGUUGUGAGCUGCCAUGUGGGUGCUGGGAACCAAACCCUGCUCCUCUGGAAGAGCAGCCAGUGCUCUUAACUGCUGAGCCGUCUCUCCAGCCACUGAACUGGAGGAGUCUGUGGCUCAAAGCAGUAAGUGGCUGCUGACCACAAAGGUACCCAAAAGAGGUUGAGUCAGCUUGGGGUUCAGAGUGUGUGCUUAACCUUCAUUCUGUCCAAAGGCAGAAUCUCCAAACUUACAUACUUUGCAAAAAAGAAAAAACAACAAAAAC